AUGGGGAAGAAGUAUAACCAGCUGCAUGAGUCGCCAGCGAACAUCCACUGGUCACGCGAUGAACAGACGAUUUAUUAUCUUGGAAUGGGAGUUGAGCUUGAAAAGGUUAGGGAAAUGUGCCAUGACUUGAUAGGAUUACUACAAAGAUUACUAUACAAUCUGCCGUUUGAUUCAGAGCUGCCCAUGGUAGAUUUGAGCCAGAUUGUUGACAGCAUGGCUUGGAACACGAAAUUUCGACAGUCUGAGUACAGCUUCAUCAACCAUGUUAAGAAUCGAGAGCGUACGGAUGUAGGUUAUCAGUAUCUGCUUAAACGUGCAAGGAAGGGAAGCAAGGAGUGGCAGUUGCUUCAAAGAGCAGGCGAUGGAUCAUACAAAUGGAACGACUCACAGAAGCAGGCGUACUUGAAUCAAGAGCGUCAGUUCUUACGAAAGUUGAUGGUUACUUUGCAUGUCACAGGUGGCCAGCCAGCUCGAGGACCAGAGAUUGGAUCGAUCAAGAUGUGCUUCUUAACCAUGUACGAUAAGGCAAGAAAGAGGAGGGGAAACACAGAUUACAUUGUUCGGUUCUUGCCCAAUGAGACCAACGAGAGUCAGAGUACUUGUUUGGUGAUAAUCGAGGGCCAUGGGCAGGAGCUCACGCAAGCUUUAAGCAAGGCAACAAGUAAGGGGCUAGGUGUACGGUUGACAGUGCAGAGCUGGCGACACGUAGCCAUUGGAAUUGCUGUACGGCAUUUACUACGAGCAAGCAAGACGUGGGAGAAGGACGAUGAAGAGGAUGAAGGAGAGUUUGCAGAGGGUGAUGAUGAAGAAGAGUUGGAGCAGAACACAUUCCGACAUAUCAUGGUUAGACAAUCAGGGCAUGGGCAGAGAGUAGCCCAAGCUCAUUAUGCAGUUGACGGAGCAUUCUUGCAUCGACUAGGCCCAGAGUUAAUCACAGCAUAUGAGCAAGCUUCAGUAGCAUGGCACGAGUUGUUAGGGUUGGCACAGGCUGAGGGGAAAGGAAAGCAUGGGCGACAAGCCAGCCAGCAAUUAACACCAGUUGGCAUCAAACGAGAGAGGAGAGAGAGCAAGCAUGGGGUGAAGGCAAAGGCAUUAGAUGGGUUGCGACGGAUCUAUGGCCCACAAGCGCAGCCACGAUCUGAAGGACAAGCUGCAGCACUACAACUUGUUCACCAGCCCCCAGUCACAUCGAUUAUCGUGUUGCCCACAAGCAGUGGCAAGUCAGUGCUGUUCUUUUCAGUGGCUGCCAUGGCUGUUGACCAGACAGUGAUUGUGGUCGUUCCAUUCACAGCACUAGUUGAAGAUAUCGUGGCUCGAGGACAGGCUGCUGGGCUGCACUGUAAAGAGUGGAGCUAUAGUAAUCAUUAUAGUAGUCAAGAGUUGGUGCAGCUGCUGGUUGUCAGUGCUGACCAGGCCGUCAGUGGGCAGUUUCUCCACGAGGCUAAGGGGUACGAGUUGAAUGGGCAGCUAGCUCACAUGUUCUUUGAUGAAUGCCAUGUUGCAUUUACAGAUACAUCAUAUCGAGAGCGGCUUCGAGAGCUGUGGAAACUACGGGACAGCAAGGAUGAGGCACCAUCCGACAUUGCCGUAAAGCAUGUGCAGCAGGUGACGCUGGGCCAUGGGAAGCGAGGGGUCAUAUACGUGCGGAGUUAUGACACGGGUAGGUUGAUCAGCGAGUUAUUGGAGUGCGCAUUUUAUCGAGCGAGAGCAGACGAUAAGGGGGAGGUUUUACGGCGAUGGGCGAGCGGGGAGGGUGGAUGGAUUGUUGCGACGGGGGCAUUGGGGACGGGAAUCAACAUUGAGGGGAUCAUGAUGAUUGUUCACGUGGGUCGGCCGUAUGGGUUGACGAGCUUCGUGCAGCAGUCUGGGUGUGGAGGGCGAGGUGGGGAGGUGAGUGAGUCGGUGAUCAUCACGCGGGUGGAGAGCAGCCGGGGUUGGAAGCGGAGGGAGAUUAUGAGUGAGUAUUCAGUGGAGCAGGUUGACGAAGAUGCGAUGACGGAAUUCAUUGAGAGCCAGGGAUGUCGGCGGGUUGUGUUAAGUCGACACAUGGAUGGAGCGGAGGAGGGCAGUUGCGGGCAGACGGACAGCGUGUUUUGCGACCGGUGCAAGAUGAAGAGUGGCAGAGGAGUGGGGGCGGAGGUGAGGGGAGGGGUGGAGGCCACGGAAGAGGUGGAGGCCACGGAAGAGGUGCCGAAUGGGUCGCAGAUGAUCCAGAGGCGGUUGCAGGCCGUAGAAGAAUGGGAUGAGCAGAUGAUGGAAGUGAUGGAUGAGGUGCGAGGACAUUGCAUAUACUGCCGAUUCAUCCGUGGAGGGGAUGUUGAAGAGGAAGGGGCGCAUGCGUAUGAGGAUUGUGUUUUGGCAGAGGCGUCAGGGAGUGGAUAUGUCAGGUACUGGGAGUGGCGGAAGAUGAUUGAUUUGGGGAGGUAUCAGCAUUGUUGGAAGUGCGGUUGUCGCAGAAGAUAUGCCGACGGAUGGAGGAUGACGGGUGGUGUGAAUAUCCCGAGGUGA